CAGUAUGCAGCCUGCAACAGCCUACAAGCGCGCGCAGGCUGCUGCAUGUAAAUAAAACGCCUUGAUGUGUUUUCGUGCGCGCGGGCUGUGCUUAAGCUAUGGGGCUCGGGUGAUGAGAAUAAUACAAACCCAGUAGACAAAAAGAGAUAAUUAAAAUCUUGUGUAGUCUCUAUUCAGCUAAGGGAGUGUUUACGUGGUUUAAACUCUUUUGCAGAGGGCAGUGAGAUCGGGCUAGAGCAGGGAGAGGAGCUGGAGCAUCGGGAAGCUCUCCGCCGGCUUCCGGACAUUCGGGGCGGCAUCGAAGCUGCUAACUGGAACGACGUCGAAAUUGGACAGUGAUUCGCGUUCUGGCGUAAAAACUUGGCGUUUCUUAACAUGUCCAGAAAAGUCCAAAGAAGUGAGGUGUGUGCUGACUGCAGUGCGCCAGAUCCGGGUUGGAGCAGUAUAAACAGAGGGGUGCUGAUCUGUGAUGAGUGCUGCUCGGUGCACCGGAGCCUCGGACGCCACAUCUCGAUCGUCAAGCAUUUGCGCCACAGCGGCUGGCCACCUUCCUUACUACAGAUGGUACAGACGCUGGCCAGUAAUGGUGCUAACUCCAUUUGGGAGCAUUCACUGCUGGACCCUGCACAGGUCCAGAGUGGUCGCAGGAAACCUAACCCACAAGAUAAAGUCCAUCCCACCAAAUCAGAGUUUAUUCGCGCCAAGUAUCAGAUGCUAGCCUUUGUCCACAAACUGCCGUGCCGAGAUGAUGAUGGAGUCACCAGCAAGGAUCUCAGCAAGCAACUACAUUCAAGUGUGCGGACAGGAAGUCUGGAGACAUGUCUGCGGCUGCUGUCUCUUGGUGCCCAGGCCAACUUCUUCCAUCCUGAGAAAGGCACCACUCCUCUACAUGUGGCUGCUAAAGCGGGUCAGGUUCUGCAGGCUGAGCUGCUUGUGGUGUAUGGAGCUGAUCCUGGAGCACCGGACAUCAAUGGACGCACACCUAUGGAUUACGCCAGGCAAGCCGGCCAGGUGGAGCUAGCUGAGCGCUUGGUGGAAUGUCAGUACGAGCUUACAGACAGGCUGGCUUUCUAUCUGUGUGGCCGACGACCAGAUCACAAGAAUGGGCAUUAUAUCAUCCCUCAGAUGGCAGACAGAGCGCGCCCUAAGUGCCCAACACAGAGCCUGGACCUGUCUGAGCUGGCCAAGGCUGCCAAGAAGAAGCUUCAAGCGCUAAAUAACCGCUUGUUUGAAGAGCUGGCCAUGGAUGUGUAUGAUGAGGUGGACCGUAGGGAGAACGAUGCGGUGUGGUUAACGACUCAGAAUCAUAGUACGUUGGUUACCGAGAGGAGUGCCGUUCCCUUUUUGCCCGUCAACCCUGAAUAUUCGGCCACACGCAACCAGGGCCGACAGAAGUUGGCACGCUUUAAUGCACGAGAGUUUGCUACACUAAUCAUCGACAUUCUCAGCGACGCCAAGCGGCGGCAACAAGGCAAAGGCCUAACAAGUCCUGCUGAGCCUUUAGAUGUGAGCCAGGCAGAUGAUGACCAGCAUGACUAUGACAGUGUAGCUUCGGAUGAGGACACAGACAGUGAAAUAACUGCACAGAACAACACCAACGCUCAGCGCAACAACCGUGCUAAGAGCAUGGACUCUUCUGAUCUGUCUGAUGGGCCAAUCACGCUGCAGGAAUACCUGGAGGUAAAGAAAGCCCUGGCCUCUUCUGAGGCCAAAGUCCAGCAGCUCAUGAAGGUCAACAACAACUUAAGUGAAGAGCUGAGGAGACUUCAGAAAGAGAUUUCGCGGAUGCAGACGGAGAACGUAGCUCUAAGGGGGGCUCAGGCUGGGCCUGUGGGGGCUCUGGGGGGUGGCAACCCGGCCCUUUGGCCCACCGGGGUAAGAGGAGGGGCAGGAGGAGUGGGCAGUGGGGACUCAAGCUUGGCUCCACCCUCCUUAGCUCCUCUGCGGAGAGACAGGCAGGCCUUCUCGAUGUACGAGCCCGGAGUGGCCGCCCCCAAAGCCCUCGGCCCAGCACUUGACUCCCUAAGCGGCCACCUGCAGCCCCUCAGCUCCAGCGUAAGUGUGCGAAAGGGGGCUUCUGCAGGCCCCAGCCCUUAUGGAGGACCACAUAUGUCAGCCUCCAUGGAGAUGGGGCGCUACAUGCCCCCUAAAUUAGAGAAACAUGGUAGUGGCACUGACAGUGACUACGACAACACUCAAACAUAUGACACCUCCAUUGGUGUGGGCCGCAGCAGUGAGGAGGAGAGUCGAGCAGAGGUGGAGGAUGGUGGAGAUGCUGGAGAGCCAGAUCCUACGCUGCCCUGCACGGAAGAUGUGAUCCUGAAGACUGAGCAAGUCACCAAGAACAUCCAGGAGCUGCUGAGGGCAGCACAGGAGUUUAAACAUGACAGUUUUGUGCCAUGCUCGGAGAAAAUCCACUCAGCUGUGACGGAGAUGGCAUCUCUUUUUCCAAAGAGACCAGCUCUGGAUGCGGUACGUGCCUCGCUCAAGCUGCUGGCCUCUAGCGCUUCACGUCUGCAGGUGGAGUGUCGCAAAGCUGCACCCUCUGAGCCUACAGCCAGUGCUGUUGAUUAUCAGCUCCUCACGCAGCAGGUCAUCCAGUGUGCCUAUGACAUAGCCAAGGCCGCUAAGCAGCUUGUCACGAUCACCACACGUGAAAAGAAGCAGUGACCCAGCUCUGGGUUUAAUGGGUGCGGGGGGACACUACAGAAAACAGGACACACUGGUGGUGGAGGAAGGAACUGCAAACAAACAGGGGAUUGUUAAAGAUGAGAAAGAAAUGAAUGAUGAAUGGGAAAAGGAUGGACAUGACUGGGCUUGAUGCUGAAUGUGGGAGAUGAUAAGUUAUUUCAUGAAUGAUAAUUAAAAUAAGAGUGUGAGGGGGGGAAAGAAAUAAAAAAAAAGAAUGGAAGUAAAAGGAAGCUAAAUGCAGGUUGCACCACCAACACAAAGAGAGAGAGAGGCUUAUGGGAGACCCUUAUCAGAGCGGCUCAAAUCAUCUCACGACUUCUCUUAAUCUUCUGUUUUCAGGAUUCCUCUUUACACUAAACUUUCGUCCAUGUCUCUUUCUCUCUCUUUCUAUCUAUUUAUCUCACACAGUAAAGUGCUGAUGUCUCAUGCACAUUCAACAUACACACACAGACAUACACAAGGUCUGCUCUUUCUCAUCAUUUUUAUUUUCUUUAAUGUUUGAUUCAUGUCUACUUUUAUAUGCCACUCCAUUGGUCGUUACCUCUCGGGACAAAGAUGUAGACUUAAAAACACUUACACUGAAAUUAUUGUAAUGCUUAUUGAGUAUAGUUUUUUUUUAUUAUUAUUAAUGUUAUGAUUAUCAGUGUCAUUGAUGAUUUUUUUCAGAAUUUUGUUAAAUAUGUACUGUUAUUAUUACUAUUUUGUUAUUUUGUUGUACAUCGCUUGGUCAAGAGAGGGGAAGCUUUGAACAUGAAACACUUAGCUUUUACUUAGUAUUGGGGAUUCUCAUAAUCUUACAGAACACACCUGUAAUCCAGGAAUACAUGUUUCCGUAGAAAUCUAGACGUCUGCAUUCACCAUAACCAAAGGAAAUAGCGAUGGUCAUGAAGACAUUGUAGCAAUCAUUUUACAGCUAUUAAGGCUGACCUAGCCCACAUUUAUCAUUGUCUAAAUGUCUAAAAAUAAUAAUAAUAAGGUCAACUUUCCUUUUUCUUUUUUAAAUAAUUAUUUUAGAAAGAGCCAUUUGUUGUUCAUCUCACAAUCCACAAUCCAUCGUACGAUCAUUUCAUAGAAGCUGCAGGUUUGUUGAUUCAUUUGUUACAUUGCCUUUGCUUAGAAAGUCCACUCUGGUAAGAUGGUUCCUCUCCAGUUCUUCCGGUAUACUUUCUUUGAGACUAUCAAUUUGGCUUCUUUACUAGUUAGAGAAAUUUGAUGUAAGCCUAUUUUUGGACCAGAUGUUUUUUUCGUCUAUGAAAAUAUUAGAUUUAGUAUACUUUAUGUUUAUAUUAUUUUCUUGAUUGGAAAGCAUGUGUACUGUUAAUGUAACAAUGUUAUAUAAGCUAUACAGAUAUGAGCACUGUUGGUGGAAGGGCACCGUCAGUGUUCACUAUCCAGGCACUUCAGCAGGUUGCAUUAAUGGGAAAAAUGACAGCUGUGCUGUAUAAAGCUCUCCCCUAGUUGACUUUGGAGCCAUAAAAUCGGUGUGUUUAAGAAUGUAGGCAGCAGAAAGGGCCCCAGCCUACUGCUGAGUACUAGCUAUAGAGUUCUAUGGCUUGUAAAACUCCCAAGUUAUUUUAACUGAUGCAGACUCGAUAUUGUUGGCUUAGUAACCCUGGGGGCCUUCAAAACAUGUAUACCAAGCACUAUUAAUGUUCCUCAUUCUCAGGCUUCUUUUCGACAGCUUGAAUUGGCAUUAAUGUUUUACGGAUGCCUAUUUGGUGUUUAUAAAGCCGGAACUUUGUAGUUUAUUUUUGGACCACAUCCACAUUUCAGCAUAUUACUGCAUACUGAUGGUGGCUCUGACCAGACAAAGUAAAGUAGUUCAUCCUGUCUAAUGCUCUCGGCACAGUCUGUGUCACAUAAUGCCACCAAUACUCAUUCAGUGUUAUUUUUUUUGUUUGUUUAUGUUUUUGUGUUUUACCAUUUACAUAAGCCUUAAUUUUGCUUCUCUCACUUUGUCCUGUUUGCCCUAAAGUUUUCAACCAUUUCAUGCACUUGCCUUAUUUCUUUUUUUAUGUUGGGAAUGGAAUAUUGCUUUCCUUUAAAAACCAAACAACUGUUUAAGCGAAUUUACCAUUUACUUUGCACAUCUGUUAUUUUUUGUUAAUAGCUAAAUGGCAUCUCUUCCAGGAUUUUUGUUCCCUCUGAGUAGUGACGUUGAACCAGAUCAUUCAGCUAUUUUUGCCCUUUUCGCAAGGCUAUUUUACCAUGGUUCUUGGGAGAUGUUUUAACCAAUUAAGUGUAACCAUAGAUGGCUAAGAGCUUAGCAUGUGAAAAGAUGGAGUGUGUGUUGGGAAAUGGGAGCCUUAGCACACACUGACUUCAUUGAUCUAUCCAGCACAAUUUAGGGCUCCUUUAGUGCGAGUUCUGUAAGUUUAAAUGUCUGCCUUGUUCCAUGCAGCCUCAUGCCAUAAUACAAUCAGUGCACAAAAACAAGGCUUGCGCGUACACACACACAUCCACAUCCCAGUUGUGAAAAAAGUCUCUUCUUCAAGUCAGUCAAACACACUGCACUAUACUCAUAACUGUUUUGAGAGGGCUGUUGGGAGAAUUUCUUUUAGCAGCAUUAAUUGUACAAAAUAAAGAAAUGAAACUACGCAAAAAAAAAAAACAUAUUAGAAACUUCUAAGCUGUACAUUUGUAAUAAAGAUGAAAGUGGUAAUUGCCCUA